UAUUUGGAUAUUCUUCAGCCGGCGUUUUUUCCUCUUUGCCAUCAUCAUCAUCAUCAUCAUCAUCAUCAUCAUAUAAGGACCAUGAUACUUUUGCGCGCAUUCUAACGACAAAUGCCACCCUCCAUUUCAGCAUGCAUACAACUCGCACAUACGAAUGCAUUCGAUGACCUUGUUCCUUUCCUUAUAAAUAUUACGUUUCAGUCUGAUUGGGAAAGAGAGACACUGUUUCCUUCCCUGGACUGGGUAUACAAAAGGGCGGGAAUCGUCGUUUUUUAUCGUUCUUCUCUUCGUGUCCAUGUUCCAUGUACAAAAUUGUUUUCCAAUGCCAUGAUGAAUUGUACUGUACACGUACGGGAGUACAUAUGGAGUCCUGCCUGCCUUAUUUUUAUAUAUCCAUUCAUCUUAUUUUCCCUUCUUAUUUUAUUUCAUUUCCUGUUCGGUCUUUUCCUUUUUUUUUUUUUUUCUUUUUCUUUUUUCUUGGGUUACGGUACUUGUUUGUGUUAUUUGCUUUUUUCUCAAAAAGCACACUACACUCAUUUUCUGUUAUUUCCUUUUUCCUAUAUACAGGUCCUUCCAGUUCCUUUGUGGUUAUGAUAACGACAUAGAUAGAUACCUUAUGUAUAUAGCACCCAUAACUCAUACCCAUGCAUAUAUAAAUAUGGAAUAUGGAAUCAUCAUGACAUCAAUCUGAUCUUGGGUAUUCAUUUUCGAGAAGUAUGUAGGUAGCUAGCCGAUAUGUAUGUAU